AUGUUUCAAAAAGCAAUUAUUCAAAAUGUUGUUUCAACUUCAAGUUUAACCGAAGAAAAGGAAAAAUUAGAUCUCAAUAAACUUGCAGCCACAAUUAAAAAUUCUAAAUAUCGCCCAAAUAGAUUUUCUGCACUUAUUAUUAAAAUCCGUGAACCUAUUCGCGCUACCGCAUUAUUAUUUUCAAAUGGACGAAUUGUUUGUGUAGGAACAAAAUCUGUUAAGGAUUCGAAACUUGCAAUGCAAAGAUUUGUCGAUAUUAUUUCUGCAACGACAACAAUAAGAAUAAACAUUAAAGGAUUUAAUAUCCAAAAUAUUGUUUCUUCAUUUGCCUUUCCAGGGCAUUUAAAUUUACCAGGUAAUACUUUGCACAAAAUUUUUUUAUUUUUAGCUCUAUAUGAUUCACUGCGGAUUUAUCCUCCUGUUUGGCUAGCGAGGCACAUCUCUUAUAACCCGGAAUUUUUCCCUGGGAUGUGUUUAAGGAUUAAUGAUUCACGGACAAUUGCCUUGGUCUUUACAACAGGAAAGUGUAUAAUUACUGGAGCAAAAUCAGAAGAUGAAAUUUACUUGACACAAAAUUUAAUUUACAAUUCUAUUUUAACAUUUUUGAAAUAA